GACAGCAAUUUUUUGUUGCGCUCAUCUGGGAGUGAAAAUUGUUUCUUUUGCCUUCGCGGGCCACUUUUUCACCCCCUUUCUGAAGGGAAAAUGCUGCGUCGUAAAGGACAUUCCUAGGUUUUCCCCACCGCGCCGCCACGGCUCUGGGGGGAAAUUCUUCGAAGCCCAUUUUCUUGUUUCGCUUUUUUUUUUUGGGCUGUUUCGGGUGCGGACACACGUGCGAGAUUAAUUUUCUCGCAGUUUUUUUUCAGGUAUUUUUUGAAGAUGUUGUUUUUUUGGAGAAUCCACAAAAACGGCUCUUAUUUUGGAGUUAAUACCUACUGUCGAGCUGAUGUUGUGCGUUGCUAAUCGAAUUCUGUGCCAAGUCAUGCACAUGCUUUUGGGAUCAUUUGCAGUGCUGCUAGUGAAAAAUGAUCGAUGGGUAAGCCAUUUGUUUUGUUUCAUUAGUAGAUAAACAGCAAAAUGCUUCAAGAUUCAGUUGCGCUCUGUAAUCUGUUGAAAGCGGUUGUUCAAAAAUCUAAACCAUGGGUUCGUUUACCGUAGAAAAGUGUCCCCAAUCAUACGACGAGUACAAGUUGACAUUAGAUGAGCAACAUCUGCAAAAGGUCCGUAACGAACUCAACGAAACAGACGAAAAUCGGGCUCAAUCGUUGGCUCAAAUGCGUGAAUGGAUCGCCAAACACCCGCACAUAAAGAAAUGCCGAACGGAUUCAAUAUUCUUGUUGCGCUUUUUGAGAAUGCGAAAAUUUUCAGUCCCAAUGGCGCAAGAAAGCCUGGAGCGGUACCUGACAGCGCUACGAUCGUUUCCACAGUGGUUCCGGAACCUCGAUCCACUGGACGGGGAGAUCAGGCUUUUCAACAAGGCCGGAAUGCUCACCAACCUAGGUCGGGACACACUCGGUCGUACCGUCGUACUUCUUCGGGCACGUGCCUUCAAUCCGGAACGAUUCACCUCGGCUCAUGUUGUACGGCAGAUCAUGCUUCUGCUGGAGACUACCAUCGACGAAGAAGAAUCACAAAUCAAUGGCUACGUGGUGAUUGCUGAUUACGAAGCGAUUUCACUGAAGCUGCUUUCCGUGUGGUCCUUGACCGAUGUCAGCAAUGCAUCGGACAGCCUUUUCCAGUCAUUCCCGUUGCGAAUUCAAGAGAUCCACGCAAUAGGAGUCCCCAGAUUUUUGAAGAUAGUAUCAGACAUGGCGUUGUCUUGCAUGAGCGAGAAGAUCAGGAAUCGUGUUACCGUAAGUAAUAUUUCUAGAAUUUCUAGUAAGGUGAAAUCUCUUUUGCCAAUUAGUCAAUCGUGCAUUGCAUAAGAUAAUUUUUUAAGCUAGAAUGAGUUCAAAUUGAUUGAUGGGUAGCACAUUUGUUCCGGAUUAUUUAUCUGAAAGAUCUUCAAGCUUGAACUAGUAAAAUUAGAACAAAUCAUUACACUUCAGUCGUGCUCUGUUAUCAAUAGAUAACGGUCGUUCAAAGAUUUAAAUAUGGCGUCGUUUAACGUAGAAAAGUGUUCCCAAUCAUACGACGAGUACAAGUUCACAUUAGAUGAGCGACACCUGCAAAAGGCCCGUAACGAGCUGAACGAAACAGACGAAAAUCGUGCACAAUCGUUGGCUCAGAUGCGUGAAUGGAUUGCCAAACACCCACACAUUAAAAAAUGCCGAACGGAUUCAAUGUUCCUGU